UACUACUUGCUAGUAGUAGUUGCUACUACUGCUGCACAGCUGCUCCAGCUACCUUCGCUCUUGCCUCCCCAAACCGCCCCUACGCCACUCCUUCUCUAGAUUCUCGCCUGAAAAUCCAUCGGAAUCUCGCCGGAAUAGUUAUACUGUCCAUAGUUCAGAAGGGUUCUUCUCGAUAUCAAGAUCUGGUUCCAAGUCCAACUUUCAUUGUAUCUUCUUUCUUUGAGGAUACUCCAUUUCCUAACAGCUACAAUCCUCCACAUGGUCUUCAUCAAUUCACUUCAUUUAUUGCCUAAACCUGCUGCAAGUCUACAUGAUAUUUCCAUCGGAUUUGGAUCGCAUGCAGCAGUUUCUUUGGAUCUCCUUGGACCAUUUUCUUGCUGAAGGUACGAAGAACUCAUUUUAGGCCUUCAUUUACGAUAACAAUGAGAUGAGUGUGUGGCAUUGGAGAAGUGGGAUUUUUUGGGAAAGGUUAUGGAGACAGGCAACUUUAGGCCUGAACUGCAUGUAGCACAGCAAAGCCGUCGUGAUAAGUUGAGGGUUCAACACCAUCCUAAUCCGUGUAACCAAAAUGUGGAAGUCUAUGCAAAUCAGUUGGUUCCAUUUUCUACCCAUGAGGGUCUAAACCCGGAUCUCAUUCAGCUUAGAAGUAUUAGGUAUGGAAAUUUAUCGUAUGAACCGCUAGUAUUUUCAUCUGAAAUGCUUGAUUUUUCCACAAAUUCGCAAGCUUUGUUAGCUCACAGUAACAAGGAUGUUACAAUGUUGCAUCAAGAAUCGAAGCGGAUAGCCGGUGAUGUAGAAGAUCCAUCUACCAAUCUGUCCAAUACUCUCCCAUCAAAUGUCAAUUCUUCAGCUAAAGUUAGUGGUGACCCACAAAAUUGUAGCACUUGGAAAAGCAUUGGUUCACAAGAGAGCUGCGACUGGAUUACUAAUUAUACAAGUGGAUCCGCUGGAGGCAUUGAUAGCAAUCACAACCCAAUUUUUGUCGGAGGAGGCUUGUCUGGUUCUUUGAAGGCUAAUAACAAUAAUCCUUCUACUUCCACAAUAUACUUCAAUAAGCCUAGUUCUUCCUAUGGCAAUCAUCAUGAGAUCCGCUCAUCUUUGACUAGUCCACCUGGUGAAAUUUCUAGCCGUAACAGCCCCAAAAAUCAUGUUGGUCAUGGGCAUUUCAACUCGCCUUCAGUUUACCAUACUGCUAAUACUUUUCAAGAAGUUUCCUCUGCCACUAUUAUGACACAGGAGCUAGGAGUGGCAGCUAUUGCUCAACAACACAGUAAGGAAAUUGCUCAUGUUUCAUGGCCGAAUGGUGGAAACGAGCUUGUGCUCCUUCCAGCCUAUGCUGAUCAUUCAAACCCUUUAGGCCUUAAGCAUGGUUCUGGUGAAUGCCGUCGAUGGAAUGGUGAAUUAGAAUACUGUGCAAGUACUAAGAAUGCUGCAGAGAGAGACCAUAGAUCAAUUGCAAAUGAUAGUCCUAAUACUCAGGCCUUGUCUCUAUCACUUUCGUCGGUUCCGUUGUCCAAAUCAUAUGCAUGUCAGACUGGGGAGAGGAUUAUGUCUGAAGAUUUGCAUUCAGGAGCUGGUUGUUUUAGCAAUAUUCAAGAGAUAAAGGCCUUGAAGUCUGACUAUCAUUGUUUUGAUUCAAAACCAUCAUAUCAUGGUAAAGUCUUGGAAAGUGCUCAACAUGAUAUGGUGGGAAAUCCAACUUUUGCUCAUCGGGCUGCAGGUCCACUUGGUCCAUUUACUGGCUAUGCAACCAUACUGAAAAGUUCAAAGUUUCUAAAGCCAGCCCAACAGCUAUUGGAUGACUUCUGUAAUGUUUUCGGUCCAAAAUGCACCAAAAUGCCAGAGCCACCAGAAAGGAUUUCAGCUGAGAUUAGGGCCUGUGAUAAUGCUGUCAAUGCUAAUGAAUCCAUUAUUGGAGCUUUGGCUGGGGAUUCUGGUGGCUCAUCAUCUACAUUCUACAGUUCCAAUGAAAAGACACAGGAUCAUGGAGGUUUAAGCAGCCCAACUGAAUCUUAUCGGCCAGACUAUCUUCAAAAGAAGGCAAAGCUGUUGUACAUGCUGGAGGAGGUAUGCCGAAGAUACAAGCACUAUCAUCAGCAGAUGCAAAUGGUUGUUUCAUCCUUUGAGUCUGUGGCAGGUCUUACUGCAGCCACCCCUUUUAUUUCUCAGGCCUUGAAGACUGUUGCUAGGCAUUUUCGGUGCAUAAGAAAUGCAAUCUCUGACCAGCUAAAAAAUGUAAGGAAAGCUCUUGGAGAAGACUUGGCAUCCCCUACAACUGGCACGAGCAGUAGUAAAGGUGACAUCUGUACAUCAAGGUUGAAAUUGAUGGAUCAGACCUUCCAGAAGCAGAAAGUUGUUGGAGGAAAUGUGGGUUUCUUUGAACCCCAACAGCAUGUUUGGAGGCCCCAAAGGGGACUGCCAGAACGUGCUGUAGCUAUUCUUAGAGCUUGGCUUUUUGAUCACUUCCUUCACCCGUAUCCCACUGAUGCAGACAAGCAUAUGUUAGCCACUCAAACUGGAUUAAGUCGAAAUCAGGUUUCAAAUUGGUUUAUCAAUGCUCGUGUUCGAGUGUGGAAACCCAUGGUUGAAGAGAUACACACGUUGGAAACUAAAGGGACUGCAGAAACAGGUGCAAGUGUGGGAAAAACUGAUGGAAAGGCUAUGACUGAAAGUGUUAGCCGAUCAAAUGAUAGUCAGCCUCUGAAUAGGCUCAACGCUGGUAGAUCAUCUGAAAAGCAGGUGGAGUGUUCGGAUGUUGGAUCGUCGGUAUAUAUGGGAUCUAGAAUGAAUGAUGAUACAUGGAAUCAGAAACGGAGUCGAGUUGAAUGUCAUGUUCCUGGAAGCAUGGAUGGUUCAUUGGUGGGCUUCGUGCCAUACCAGCAAAGCGGAAUUGAGAUUGGAGGGCUUGGAGCAGUGUCCCUGACAUUAGGUCUCAGGCAAAAUGCAGAUGGUGUGCAACCACAGCAUCCAUUGCAGCAGCAACAUGAAAAUCAGCUAAGGCGACAUUUUGGAGAUCAGAUAAUUUAUGAUUUUGUGGGUUGAUUUUUGCUUGUUAUGGCUGUCUUCAGGGAUUUAGAUGCAAAAUAGUAGCACAAGGUGAAGUACCAUUAUUUACUAUGGUGCUGCACAAGGCAUUUAUCAAGUAGAUUAUUUCCUUUUUUCUUUUUUUAUUGGAAGUAUGCUUCAAGUAGACUGUCCCAGAUGAAAAUCGAUUAUCAACCAAUUGAAAAUCAAUCUCGACUGAGAAUGUACUUAUAUGCUAAUGUUGCUUGGAUGUGGGAAAUAUAUCAUUUCCAUAAUUGAUCAAAAGUAAUUAAUGAAGUCCAAAACACAACUUUGUAGUA